AUGGUUGGACUUUUUUGUGAACAUUUCUUUGGUUUCACCAAGUUCACCAAUGAAAUGCCAAAAAAACAAGAGGAAAGUUUACAAGAAAGGUCACCAAAAAAAAACAUUGAAAGGCAAGAGAAAAACAAGAAAAAAGUCUAUAAGAAAGGUCUUCAAAAAAAAAAUGCUGAAAGGCAAGAAAAAAGUCUGCAAGUUUUCCAAAAAUAUCGAAAGACAGAAGAAAAGUCUACAAACUAA